AUGAGCCUCUCCUACCUUCACACACCUGAUUUCUUAUUCCAAACACUUACUGUUAUCAGUGUUAUCGCGCUACCAAUUCACAUUCUUGGUGCCUACUGUAUUCUGGCAAAGACCCCGAAAAUUAUGAACUCUGUGAAAUGGAUAAUGCUCAAUUUACACUUUUGGAGUGUGCUGCUUGAUUGGGGAAUCACAUUUUUCACAAAACCAUUUGUACUUUUUCCGGCGAUGGCUGGUGUAGCCUUGGGGGUCCUCUCGGAUCUGGGAGUUGGUACUGGAGAGCAGAUUUAUCUUGUUGUUACCUUGUUCUGUAUCGUUUGUGCCGCCAUUGUUUCCAUCUUCGAAAACCGAUAUUACCUAUCGUUCGGUAAAAAUUCUUGCUGGCGCCACUUCCGUAUCCCAUGCAUGCUAUUCAACUACUUCCUUGCCUUCUUAAUAUUCCUUCCCGCCUAUCUCAACGCUCCUGAUCAAGCUACCGGACUACAAAAACUUCAUGAAAACCUACCAGAGCUCCCAGAAAGAAUCAGAAGAAUGCCUAUUUAUGUGGUUGCUAUUGAUUUCUCACUGGUUAUUGGUUCGGUUGUACUUAUGGGAGUGUUGAUUGUAGCCGAGGCGUUGGCCUUUGUGGUUUUGAUAUUUCUGGGAGCGUCGAAAGCGUUAAGGGAGAGAACAGUGUCAAUCAACUGUGUGAUAAUUCAGAAAAAGUUUCUGCGAGCUUUAUACAUUCAGAUUCUAAUGAUACUUCUGAACAUGGGCGUCCCAUUGUUCUACCUUGGUGUGGCUGUUCCUCUUCAUUAUUAUAACCAGGCAGCCAACAACAUUACCUUUAUUAUAUACUCCCUACAUGGUGUCUCAUCUACAAUUGUCAUGAUCUGGCUUCACAAACCCUAUAGGGCGGUCAUUCAAAAUAUCUUCUGUAGGCGGCUGAGCAAUGUUGGCACCGACCGUAGGAAGAGCAUGUUUGAGGGAAAAACAACCACUAAUAUGCCGUCUACUGUGAAUAUCCGAAUUCAGUAUAAUGUGAACAUUUUGAAUGUGGUAGUAUAA